UUGCGUGUGAAAAUUCACGACGAAUACGAGGAUGCAAAAGAAUUGCCAAGAGCUUUGUUAGCACUGCAGGGAGGUCAAAAACGAUCUACUUCGCAAGCAGAGGCUAUCAGCUCCGAGGCUGCAGCUAAUGAUUCCACUAAUCUUUCAACGAACGGAGGUGCCGCACCAAUGCAAUUAGAUCGUGAUCAAUUGCCACAAAUAUCUGGAGGACACGCUUAUCCUUCAGCACCUGGUGUCACAUUUUCUGAGGAUAAUGCAAUGGAGCCCCAUGUUUCUGAAAGUAGUAUACAGAGACUAGUAGAAAAUCUUCCACCGUCCCGAGCUCAGUACGUUUUGCAAUGGGAGAUCAUGG